AGAAGGCCAUAGCUGGCUGUCUCUCUUUCUCCAUAUGGAAAUGGUCCUUUCCCUCUCCUCCUCCUCCUCCUUCUCCUCCUCCUCCUCACUGUCAUUCUCUUUCUCUCUCUAAAGGGAGGAGGCUAGAAAAACCAAGGCUUGGGCAUAGUGUCCUUUUGAUGCCCACCUAAGUGCUUUAAAAUCUUCUUGAUAUAAGGCAUUUCUACUUAGUGCUGUGUGUUUUUCUUUUGGGCUUUGGAAAGCUGCCAAGAGGAAGGGAUUUGGUUUGUAGGUUUUUGUUUGUUAGGCCUUGGCUUCCUUUGAUUCACUUGCUCUGUGUCCCAGAUCUCUGAGGAGUUGUUCUUGUUUUGAAUACAUUCCUGGGUUUGGUUGAUCUGUUUGCUGGGGAGGAUGAGUAGAGAAGAUAAUAUCAACUUCCUCAAGAUACAGACAUGUGUUCUCAAAGUGAACAUACACUGUGAUGGAUGCAAGAAGAAGGUGAAGAAGCUGCUUCAUAAGAUUGAAGGGGUCUACCAGACCAACAUAGACGCGGAGCAGGGGAAGGUGAUUGUCUCAGGCAAUGUUGAUCCUGCCACCCUCAUAAAAAAGCUAAACAAGGCUGGCAAGCAUGCAGAGUUCUGGGGCUCAAAGGGUGGAAACAACCAACAUCUCAGCAACCAGCUUCAAAAGCUCCAGCUUGAGCAUGGGAAAGGGCAGCAGAAAGACGAUGGCAAGCAGCAGAAGGGUGGAGGAUGGGGAGGAGGAGGUGGUGCCGGUGGUGGUGGUGGUGGGAAGGCCCAGAAGGGCCAGCAACCAACUCCACAGCAGCAGCUGCAACUGUUACAGCAGAUGAAAGGUCUCAAAGAUAUGAAGCUCCCCCAGAUGAAGGACCUCAAGCUCCCCUUCCAAAAGGAUCAGAAACAAGUCAAGUUCAGCUUUCCUGAGGGAGAUGGCGACGAAGGGAGCGACUGCGACGACGAGUUCGAUGACUUUGAUGAUGACGAUGACUUCGAUGACAUGGAUGGCUUCGACGAUGACUUCGACUAUGAUCCCAAGAUGAUGAAGCCCAUGAAUAUUCAGCCUAACGGGAAUGGGAUGGCUAAUGACAAGAAGGGUGGCGGUGGCGGUGGGGGCGGAGGCGGUGGCAAUGGUAAGAAGUGGGGUGGUGUAGAAAUUCCAGUGCAAACCAAGGCUAUGGGCGGUAAUAAUGGCAAUGGGGGAGGUAAGAAAGGCGGUGGAGGUGGUGGUAAAAAUGGUGGCGGGCCCCAAGAUGGUAAAAAUGGAGGAGGAAACAGUAACAAGGGGGCUCCCAGUGGCAAUGGCAAUGGUGGGAGUAAUGCUAAUAAUGGCAAUCCAGCCAUUGGAGGGAAGAAGGGAGGUGGGAAGAAUGAUGUUGUGGGAGGGGUCCAGCCAAUGGGCAACCCCAACAUGAUGGGCCAGUCCUUCCAAGGCAUGAAUCUGGGUCAGAUGGGGGGCAUGCCUCGGGCCCCAAUGGGCCACAUGGGGAAUAUUCCGGCCGGCGCCGCAGUCCAGGGCCUCCCAGCCGGGGCCGCGCCGCCCGGAUACUUCCAGGGAGGGAUGGCGGCGCCGCCGCCGGAGAUGAUGGCUGCUGCCAACCCCUACCAGCAGCAGCAGUACAUGGCUGCUUUGAUGCAGCAGCAGAGGAUGAUGAUGAAUGGCCAAGCCGGCGCCGCCGCAUACCCGCAGAUGGCAUAUGGAUAUGGGAGGCCGCCGCCGCCAUACGCGCCGAUGGCGCCGAUGCCGCCCCCUCAUGGUGAUUCAUAUACAAACUUCUUCAGUGAUGAGAACCCCAAUAGCUGCUCAAUUAUGUGAGGAAAGGAAGGAGUUUGCUUGGUUGGGUGGUGUUCCUUCCUCUGUUUCUUCUCUCUUUAGGUUCCUUUCAAGUGAUGGAGGGUGUCAAGAGGUAGACCAGAGAGUCUGCUGGAUAUACAUGAGAAACUUGGGUUCCUUAGUUUCCCUUUUCUGCUGUUAAUUUCCUUUUCAUCUUCUUUAAAGAACUUUUUGCUUGAUGUUGAAGUUAGGUAUAGGUGUAUUUAUAGAUCUAUAUGAGGUUUAUAUUGAAGCUUUUAGGGAGUUGGAGAGUUGGUUUAUCUUGUGGGCUCUAUAAGAUGUGAAAGGAAAAAAGGCGAAUGUUAUGGUGGGAGCUAGAGCUCUAGCUUUCAUGGAUGUAUUGAUAUGUGUUUAUAAAGUUUAAAAAUGAUGAUGAUAAUAAUAAUGAAAGCAUGGUCCAUCUAA